AUGAGUUGUCCAAAAGCCGUUCCGACAUGUGAACCAGUUUGUAAUACUGGUAAUGAAACUUGUAUAGUAACGGCCAAACGUUGCUUCUCGUGUCCAAGAGCAAUGUGUAGAUCUACUAAAGAUGAAUCAUGUUUAAAAUGUCUAAUGUAUCCUGAGUGUAAACCAUGCGCAGAUGAUGAAAUGUGUGUUAUAGAAGAACCAAAUUGUUAUUCUUGUGGAUCUGCUACAUGUGUCAAAAAAUCUCUUGGGUGUGUUUAUUGUACCAUGAUGAUGCCAACAUGUCCACCUUGUCAUGAAUCAUAUAGAUGCCAAAUUGUUAAACAAACUUGUUUUAAUUGUGCUCAAGCUAUUUGUGUUCCUAAAAAUUCCUAUUAA